GGGGGCCAAGGAGGAGCUCUCAGGGCUGAUGGCUCCAAGGAGAAGGGUCUAAAGAAGGAGGCAGGACACGGUGCCCCCCAGGUCCCUACGGUGAGGACGUGGUCAUCGUGGGAGAGACUCUUCACUGAGCACCCCUGUUGUGGUGGGACAGGCCCCUCUGCCCACCAUGGUGGGUCUGAAACCCUGUGAGGUGCCUCCAACAGCUGCUGUCAAGUUCCUCAGCGCGGGCACGGCCGCCUGCAUCGCCGACCUCUGCACCUUCCCCCUGGACACCGCCAAAGUGCGGCUGCAGAUCCAAGGCGAGGUGAGGAUCCCCCGGAGCUCCAGCACCCUGGAAUACCGGGGGGUUGUGGGGACGCUGAGCACCAUGGUGAGGACGGAGGGGCCCGGCAGCCUGUACCGGGGGCUGGUGGCCGGGCUGCAGCGCCAGAUGAGCUUCGCCUCCAUCCGCAUCGGCCUCUACGACUCGGUCAAGCAGCUCUACACCCCCAAGGGUGCUGAGAGCACGGGGCUGUGGGUGCGGCUGCUGGCGGGCAGCACCACGGGGGCAGUGGCCGUGGCCUGUGCCCAACCCACCGACGUGGUCAAGGUGCGGUUCCAGGCCCACGGGGCGAUGCCGGAGAGCGGGCGCCGGUACCGCGGCACCGUGGCUGCCUACAGAACCAUCGCCAGGGAGGAGGGAGUCCGGGGGCUCUGGAGAGGGACACUGCCCAACAUCGCCCGCAACGCCAUCAUCAACUGCGGGGAGCUCGUCACCUACGACCUCAUUAAGGACGCGCUGCUGCGGGCACAGCUGAUGACAGACAAUGUCCCCUGUCACUUCGUGGCAGCUUUUGGGGCUGGUUUCUGUGCCACGGUGGUGGCAUCUCCCGUGGACGUGGUGAAGACGCGGUACAUGAACGCCGGUCCCGGGCAGUACCGGAACGUCCUCAGCUGCAUCCUGGCCCUGAUCAUGCAGGAUGGGGUCUCUGGCUUCUACAAGGGGUUUGUCCCCUCCUUCCUGCGCCUGGGCUCCUGGAACGUGGUGAUGUUCAUCUCCUACGAGCAGCUGCAGCGCGCGGCGGCGCUGGCCCGGUCCUGAACACCCUCCCCCAACACCCUGUCCCCUCUCGUCAGCGUUGACGAGACACUGGAGUAAAUUAUAUUAAUUGCUGAAGCAGUUGGGGGAGGGGGACAGGGACGCUGAACACCCCCAGCCCCACGGGGACCCUCCAAGAAGGACCUGGAAGAUGGAAGGAGAAACGACGCUGUUGGUGGAGAAAUGACACUGUUGGUGGAGAAAUGACACUGUUGGUGGAGAAAUGACACUGUUGGUGGACCAACGUGGGAGGAGGGAGGUUUCCAGAGAGGAGUUUAGG